AUGACCGACAGUCUGUCCGUCCAAGAACCGUCGACGUUGGGUUCUUGGUCACUGCAAUCCAUUGUGUGCUGGUUGCAUAGUGAGUGCAAUGACAGCUCUGGCAGCGAUGAAGUGAGUGAAGUAAACUGGGGGGGUUGGAUUGUGUACGGUGUUGGUGAUGACACUGGUGGUCAUACGUUGACGUUGGCGGCACAAAGCGCUCGGGCGCUGCAACAACUGCAACAAUGUCUUGCAACAAUAACGAAUACGUUCUGGGGUUCCGAUCCGCGUGCGGCCACAUGUCGAGGCAAGUUGCAGAGUCGUCGUUGCAAAUUAAAUCAGGAAAUCAAUAAGGAGCUGCGACUGCGCGCUGGUGCUGAAAAUCUUUUCAAAGCCACAACAAAUCGCAAGUUGCGCGACACAGUCGCCUUAGAACUGAGUUUCGUCAAUUCGAAUUUGCAGUUACUGAAAGAGCAAUUGGCUGAAUUGAAUUCAUCCGUGGAAAUCUAUCAGAACGAUAGGAAGUCGAAUUGCGAAAAUGCUACAAUUUAUGCCUUUCAACAAUUCUAUCUCGGUUCCGAUCCGCGUGCGGCCACAUGUCGAGGCAAGUUGCAGAGUCGUCGCUGCAAAUUAAAUCAGGAAAUCAAUAAGGAGCUGCGACUGCGCGCUGGUGCUGAAAACCUUUUCAAAGCCACAACAAAUCGCAAGCUGCGCGACACAGUCGCAUUAGAACUGAGUUUCGUCAAUUCGAAUUUGCAGUUACUUAAGGAGCAAUUGGCUGAAUUAAAUUCAUCCGUGGAAAUCUAUCAGAACGAUAGUCAUGAAAGUGUUAUGCCAAUGAUACCACUUGGCUUGAAGGAAACGAAGGAAAUCAGUUUGAUGGAACCAUUUUCAGAUUUAAUACUGGAACAUUAUAGCGAAGAGCCGUCCUUGUAUUUGGACGCAAUCGCCGAUAUAACAGACACCAGACAGGCAUCCAGAACCCCAUCGCGCGAUGCACAAGGCGUAGCCUUACUUUUCCGAUACUAUAAUUUGUUGUAUUAUGUGGAGCGGAGAUUCUUUCCGCCAGAUCGAAACUUGGGCGUUUACUUCGAGUGGUACGAUUCACUAACUGGCGUACCCUCCUGUCAGCGUACGAUUGCUUUCGAGAAGGCCUGCACCCUCUUCAAUUUGGGCGCCAUCUACACACAAAUCGGUGCACGCCACGAUCGCACCACCGAAAAGGGUUUGGAUGCAGCAGUGGAUAGUUUUCUGCGUGCCGCCGGCAUUUUUCGACACAUCUACGACACAUUCACCAACGCCCCCUCCAUGGAUCUGAAGCCACAGGUGCUAGAUGUACUGGUCUCGUUAAUGUUGUCACAAGCGCGUGAAUGUCUCUUCGAGAAGUUGCAGCUGCAAAUUGAGGCGCUUGGCCUCACCGAAUCCAGUCAUCUUUUCAAAGACUUGGCGGGCGAAGCAGCACAACUAACGCUCGAAUACAAUGAAAUGCACAAAAAUAUACAAAUGAAUGACACGCACACAUACUUGCCGGAGUGUUGGGCCGGGCUGGUGCCGCUCAAAGCUGAAUUCUAUAAAGCACUUGCCCACCACUACGAAGCAUGCAGUCUUGACAUCACCGCCGACAAAACAUCGCUCAGCACAAAGAAGACGCAAGCCGCCUCACAUGGCGGUACCGCCAACGAGUCAUUUAUUGGUAAUGCGCGGGAGGCAUUACGCGCUGCUGCCGCUGCCAUUGAGGAGAGUGAGGAAGAUGCAGCCAGUGCGACAGCACUGAAACGCGCCCAUCUGAAGGAAGCGCUCGCUAGUCAUGAAGAAACGCAACGCCUGCAGCGCAUGUGCCGAUUUUUGAAGAACAAACUAAGUCUGACGCAGGUCUUAAAGGAGGCCCACUAUAAAACGCAAGACGAGUACGAGAAAUUUCUUGAAGAAACGCCAGCAAACGAUAUCCAGGAUGAUUUUCAUGUGAUAGAUGUUAUCACAGAGGCCUGUUCAAAGUUCACACUUUCGCUAACUGGCCCCGAUUUUACGUCGCACAAAGUAGAGGAUCCCUUCAAACGCCUUGGACCCAUUGCGAUUUUUUCAGCGCGUCGUCACUGGACCGCGCCACGCUGUGUACGCCUGCAAAAAGGUUCGUCCAUAUAUCAUGAGAAUGCAUCCACACAUUAUCGUUGCCACUGUCCGACACCAAACGAAGGUCAUGAAGUUGGCUGCAGUCAAUAUAAAGAGGAAUUAGAAAGUUUCGGGUUUCAUGUGCGAGGCGAUGCACCGGUAAUUAUCGCGCAUGUGGAAAUCAAUUCCCUGGCUGAUCUGGGCGGCAUUAAAGAGGGCGAUUUCAUUGUGGAAAUUGCUGGCAUGGACGUGAAAUGGUAUUCACAUCAGCAGGUCGUCCGUCUAAUACAAUCCUGUGGCAGCACAUUAGAAUUGAAAGUCAUUACGCCUAUGGAUAGGAAUUACCUGAAGCCCCUAUCGUCUAAAGGCUCUAUUUCCACGCUAUCUGCGGCCAGUUCGUCCGGCGUCUCGUCAGGUUCAUCCAGCCCUACUGGCACAACAACAAAACCAAAACCACGCUUCAAAACUACAUCACCAAAAAGUCGUCUUGGUAGUCUAUCAUCGAGCUCUUGGAAUCCCUUUCGACGUACGCCAAGUCUGGCGAAAAUAUUCUAAAACACAUUCGCGAACAGUGCAGUGCAACAAAAUAGAACAACAGUAAAAUACAAAAUACAAAAAUUCCAUUGGUGGCCAUUUUGUGUGUUUGGCGAAAUAACCAGCCGCAUGCACUUUCAAUUUUUCAAUUACUUAAUAUAAAUAUUUAUGUAUAUAAUUAGAGUAUAUACAAUGUAUGUAUGUAAUUU